CUCAACAGGAAACCCAAAACGUUGCCAUCUCGGGCUAGAACAAUAAGGCAUGGUUCAGGGGUUAGCGUCUUCUCUGUCAAUCAAUCAACCCUGUUGAUACGAUGCGAUAUGGCUGCAACGAGUCAAAAGUUUUCUUUCGAUCUCUUCUGCUUUUGACCAGUGAUUGUGUUGUUUACCAGAAAACGAAGACUAGUAAUUCUAAUUGGGUCCACAAUGGUCGAAAGAGCAUAUAAAGGGCAUUCAUUUGUGAUAAUGAAUGCGUGAAUUAAUGUCGUCACCCUAUAAAGAAAAACCAGGCCAAGGGGUUUCUAUUUCCAUAUUCCAAUCGAAGUCUUCAUAGAUCUCGCUAGACUCUCUUGACUGGUUCUGCUGGAUCACUUGACGAUCAGCUUUGUUUUACACUUUUGACGGUUUUUUAUUCUGCUUUCUCGCUGAGACACCACGCAACAAUAAUAGGUCUAGAAGAAGGAAGGAUAAAGGAGGAGUCUAACUGACAUGUUGUGUUGCCGACGUCGUCUUAAGUGUAUUUGUUUAAUGCCCACCCGUAUAGUCAACGUUUAGUUGCAGAAGAGACAAGCGUGUAGAAGUAAUAGGUCGCAAUAGGUGCAGAGAGUCAGCGAAACGGCAUUGCGUCGUUGUGUUGGACUCUGCAAUUUCUUCCUCAAAAAGUGAAUUCUGCCAAGUUUAACCCAGAAACGGAGGAAGAGAGCGAGUACCCACCUACCCAGUACCCUCCUUUUCGUUAAUCCCAACAAUUUAGAAAGAGAACCAACUCUCUCUGGAUAUGGGCAAGAAGCGAGCGAUGUUGCCGGUGGAGGACGUUGACUUGACUGCGGUCAAGUAUGAACGUGAAGACAUAAAAGCUCCUCAUUUAACUGGCUUCAAAUUGAAGUUAUUCGUUUGGUUGGCAGAGGCUCCACUCAUAGGGUCUUUAAUCGUAUCAUCAUUGAAGAAGCAGAACGGAAUGGAUGAGAUGCUGCGGAGGACUGUGAUACCAGAAAAACCCAUGUAUAGACCGGAGUUCCCACCUCAAGAAAAGGAAUCUGGUGUUGUCAUCUUGGAAGAAGAUAGUAGUGCUGUUGACCGUGUUGAAUUAGCUUUGAGGUGCCUUCCAUCUUAUGAUCCUGCACAUCACUGGACUGGUGACUUUCCAUUUUUGUACUGGAAGAUCCGUGAUUAUGCACAUGCUUAUCGAUUUGGGCAUGUGACCCCCUCAAUGGUCGCGGAGAAAAUUAUCUCAGCCACAGAGGAAUUCAACAAGAGGAGCCCCCCAAUGCCAUUCUUGAUCAGCUUUAAUGCCAAGGAUCUGAGGACACAAGCUGCUGCUUCUACACAGAGGUUUGAGGAAGGAAAACCACUUUCUAUUUUGGAUGGCAUUUUCAUGGCGAUCAAGGAUGAUAUAGACUGUUACCCACAUCCAACUAAGGGUGGAACAACAUGGCUUCAUGAGGUCCGUCAUGUUAAAGAAGAUGCAGUUUCUGUUUCAAGAUUGCGAUGCUGCGGUGUAAUUUUUAUAGGGAAGGCAAAUAUGCAUGAAUUGGGCCUCGGGACUACUGGAAACAAUGUAAACUAUGGGUCAGCAAGGAACCCUCAUGCACUAGAUAGGUAUACUGGGGGAUCUUCUUCUGGCCCAGCAGCAAUUGUAGCUUCUGGACUAUGUUCAGCUGCACUAGGAACAGAUGGUGGAGGUUCAGUACGAAUUCCUUCUUCACUUUGUGGUGUAGUGGGGUUGAAGACAACGUAUGGGCGGACUGACAUGAAAGGAGCACUCUGUGAUUGUGGGACUGUGGAAAUUAUUGGACCAAUUGCAUCAACAGUUGAGGAUGCCAUGCUAGUGUAUGCUGCAAUAUUGGGCUCCUCCACUGCUGAUAGAAUCAGUUUGCAUCCAUCCCCCCCUUGUUUGCCAAAUUUGACAUCACAUGAAAGUUCAAAUGCUUUAAGAUCACUACGACUGGGAAAGUAUACAGAGUGGUUUAAUGAUGUGUACUCAACCGAUAUUUCUGACAAGUGUGAGGAUGUUCUUAAUAUGCUUUUACGAAAUCAUGGAUGUGAAAUUAUAAAAAUUACAAUACCGGAGCUGCGUGAGAUGCGAACUGCCCAUGUUGUUUCAAUUGGUUCUGAAUCACUUUGUGGAUUAAAUCCCGACUGUGAGGAUGGGAAAAAUGCUCAAUUGACGCUAGAUACUCGCACAAAUUUGGCACUUUUCCGGUCCUUCUCUGCAUCAGAUUAUGUCGCUUCACAGCGUCUGAGGAGAAGGAUCAUGCACUAUCAUAUGGAAAUUUUCAAGAAGGUUGAUAUCAUAGUAACCCCAACAACUGGUAUCACAGCACCUGAAAUACCUCCAAGCUCACUUGAUCAAGGGGAGACAAAUUUACAGGUUUCAGGAUAUCUCAUGCGGUUCAUAUUAGCAGCUAAUCUUCUUGGACUCCCUGCAAUAUCUAUCCCUAUUGGUCAUGACAAACAAGGUCUUCCAAUUGGCUUGCAACUGAUAGGCCGUCCAUGGGCUGAAGCUUCAAUCUUGCGUUUGGCUUCUGCAGUGGAGGAACUAUCUACAGAUUCUAGGAAGCGGCCUUCUACCUUCUAUGAUAUUCUGAAGGGGAAUUAGAGCGAUGUGGAACAUUUCUGCACUGUGCCAAUUUCCUCUCAGGAAGGUUGUCUGACUGAAUCAUUCUUAAGUUUGAAGAAUCUAGCUCAUAUCUAUGGGAGUGUGAGCAGAGUCACUUGUAUUUCACAAAGUUUGAUAUUAUAAACGCUUGGAUGAAUCAUAUUCUUCAGUGUGCUCUGAAAUAAUAUGUUCUCUGCUGAAAAUUCUGGGAUAUUUCCAGUAGAAACUCAAUGAUUAAUUGAUCCCUCUUUGAGUUUUA